AUGCUUUCUUCGAUCCUAGAACUGCUUCUGGUUGCAGCGUCUGUGACGCCGGCAUUAGGUUUCUGCGGAUCGCACACUCAUCUGCAAAGACGGGCCGAGGAGGGUGAGGCGGUUCCUAUUUCGACAUUUGGUUAUAUUGGAGAUAUUGGGCCUCACAACUGGGCUGCUUUGGAUGCUGCCAAUUCUGCCUGCGCUACGGGCACACGCCAAUCCCCCAUCAACAUGGUCGAAGGCCAAUUUCAGAUCGUCGCCGGCACUGAUGUUACGCUCACUAUCCCCGAUCAGACCGAAGGAAUUGAGUUCGAGAAUUUGGGAACGACGGUAGAGGGUGUGAUGGAGGGCUCGGGAGCAACCAUGGUGCUGAACGGUGAAGAAUACGAACUCAUGCAGUUUCAUUUCCACCACCCAAGCGAGCACUUGGACAACGGUACCAGCAUAGCCAUGGAAAUGCACAUGGUGUUCCAAACUGCUGAGGAGCAGCUCGCCGUCAUUGGUGUCUACGUCGACCUCGACACUGGUGUCGCUUCUGCUGCUGCUCCAGCCGCGAAGCGUCGCCACCCGCAACCAGACCACAGCCUAUGGAAGAAGCAGGCCGAGGCCGUUAGCCAGAUGCAGAUCACUGCCGCCGCAGACAAUGGUGCCGUCACCUCGACCAUGCUUGAAACUCUCUUCCAAUCCGUUGAGGAGAUCGCCACGCCCGGUACUAAGGUCACAACGCAGCCUCUCAUCAUGUCUGAGUUGGUCGAGACCUUGAAGCUUGGCAACUUUGAAGCUUACUCUGGCUCCCUGACCACCCCUCCCUGCAGUGAGGGUGUCAACUGGAUGGUCGCAACCCAGCGAGUUCAGAUCUCCACUGCCUCGUUCGAGCGUGUCCGCAACGUCGUGAAGUUCAACUCCCGCUUCACUCAGAAUGCCCUGGGCUCACCCAACGUUGUCUCGCUUAGCGCUGGGGCGGCGGCCGUGGCCGAACCCGUUGCCGCUGCAUAAAGAAGAGCGGAGGACCAUGGAUGCAUGCGCCCGAGGUGGCCUUCGUCGCCAAUGUUUACGGGCUGGAUGAUUUUUUUUCUGUUUGACGAUACCUUGUUCUAGUAGACGAUAUUUCAAGUUAUAAUUAGAC